AUGAAGCUCGUUCAAGUAUCUAUUGUAUUAUGUGUGGCAGUUUAUUUUGUCAGUGCGACAAAGUUACUUGCUUCAUCGUCAUACGAGUUAGAUAGUCAAGGAACCAACUUGCUUCGGCGAUUAGUCAAACGACAGGCUUACAAUGAUCCGAAAUGCAAUCCUCGCGCAUGUGCUGUACCCAAUUGUGGCAAAGAUUUUGUAGCAGGAACUCUACCAAAUGAAUGUUGUGAAAGAUGUAUACCAUGGGAAUAUGCAAGAAGCAUGGGAAUUCACUAUCGACAACCAUCACAAGAUACUCGAGGCCAACAAACUAACGAUCCAUACAAUCAAUAUCCAUACAAUCAACCGCAACAAUAUCAAACAAACCGUGCCGAUGUAUACAUUUAUGGGCCUGAUCAAGGAGCACGAGUAUCUGCCGGUCAUAGUAUUUAUUUUGAUUGUGAAGUUAUUGCACCUCAUAAUCAACAUGCUCAACCACGUUGGACACGAGCUGGCAACCAGCCAUUGCCAUUCAAAGUACAAAGUACAAUGCUUCCAGGUAAUCGUAAACUUGCACGUCUUACAAUUCCCGAUGCUACCCAAAGUGAAGCCGGUCGAUAUGAAUGUAGUGCUGGUACAGGUAAUCCUAGUGAUCAAGCUUCGAUUGAUUUACAAAUAACAAAUGAUGGCUAUUAUCCUCCACCACGACCUGCCCCACAACCACAACCACAACCACAACCACAACCACAACCACAACCACAACCACAACCUCAACCACAACCAUCAUAUCCUAAUUAUGAUCCAUACAAUCAAUAUCCAUACAACCGACCAGAUUACUAUCCACCACAACCACAGCCUCAACCUCAACCUCAACCUCAACCUCAACCCCAACCACAACCACAUGAAGAUGAUGAUAAUGAUCAACAUGAUGAUGAAGAUACAGAUGAGCAUGCAUAUCAUGAAGAAACAACAACACCAAAACAUGUAACUACAACACCAGCUCCAGCUCCAGACCAAGGUGGUGAAGAGGCGGAAGAUGAGGGCGAAUAUCCAGAAGAUUAUUCUGACAAUGAGAAAUAA